AUGAGUUUAAAGUUUGGAAGGUUAACCGCAGUGGUUAUAUCUUCACCAGAAGCAGCCGAAGAGGCACUCAAAACACACGACCAUGUCUUGUCUGCUCGAACCUUUAACGAUCCGGUUCGAGCCUUUGAUCACCAUAAACAUUCCGUUGUCUGGAUUCCUGCGUCGGCUCGUUGGAGGUUUCUGAAGAAGAUAAUAGUGCAAAAUUUGUUAUCGCCGCAAAACCUAGACGGGAUUCAAUCUAUAAGAACGAGAAAGGUGGAGGAACUUGUGAGCUUAGCACACAAAUUUUGCGAGAGAGGAGAGGCUAUUGACAUGGCUCGUGCUUCCUUCGUCACAUCUUUCAAUAUAAUCUCAAAUGCUUUGUUUUCCGUUGAUUUGGCCACGUAUAACUCUACCUCGUCGUCUUUCGAGUUCCACAAAACGGUGUUUCACCUUUUGGAGAUCUAUGGGAAACCCAACGCAGGAGACGUUUUCCGGUUUCUGAGGUUUCUUGACUUACAAGGUAGCCGAAAAGAGGCAACACUCUGCAUAGAGAGGCUGUUUAGGGUUUUCCAAAAAUUUAUUGAUGAUCGUGUGGCCAAAAGAUUGUCUCAAACAGAGGCUUCAAGUAUCGAUAUGUUAGAUGCUCUUCUCGAUAUUACAGAGCAAAACGAAGAAGAGUUCACCAUGAAUGAUAUGAAACACAUGUUUCUCGAUUUGUUUGUUGCGGGCACCGAUACAAACUCUAGUACAAUGGAGUGGGCAAUGUCGGAGUUACUCCGUAACCCGGAGAAGAUGGUCAGAGCUCAGAGUGAGAUACGGCAAGUGAUAGGUGAAAACGGUAAGGUUCAAGAAUCUGAUAUCCCGAAGCUGCCUUACUUGCUAGCAAUUGUGAAAGAGACUCUUCGUUUGCAUCCUCCAGCUCCUUUGAUCCCUCGAAAAUCUGAAUCUGAUGUCCAUUUAUGUGGGUUCCUCGUUCCAAAGAACACUCAGGUUUUCGUGAACCUAUGGGCGAUGGGACGAGACUCGAACGUGUGGGAGAAUCCAAUGAAGUUCGAACCAGAGAGGUUUUUGCUACGAGAAAUCGAUGUAAAAGGCAAAGAUUUCGAGCUGAUACCGUUUGGAUCAGGAAGAAGGAUGUGUCCGGGAAUCUCAAUGUCAUUGAAGACAACGCCUAUGGUGCUUGCCUCUCUUCUCUAUUCCUUUGACUGGAAACUUCAAGACGGUGUUUUCCCAGGAAACAUGGACAUGAGUGAAGUCUUUGGUCUUACUUUACAUAAAGCCAAACCUCUCUAUGCUGUACCCAUCAAGAAACCUACUACAUCAUCGUCUUAGUACUUUCCAUACUAUUUAUUUUUCUUUAUAAUAAGAUGACUUCUCUUAGUGGAUCACAUUUGAUGUACU